AUGAAGAAGGAGCCUCCUAUCGAGCACUGGAAAGGGGGUUGGCGAGAGCCACGUCCACUAACUACUCCUCAAGUAAAGAGAGCCGAAGUCAUUCCUCAAGAACAAUGGAAGAUCUAUCCUGGUGACACUGUCCAGGUUAUCAAGGACACCCAUUGGCCCAAAGAUACAAAGAAAAAGAUCCCAAAGGAUGCUGAACCACCAGCUGUUGUGUCCUAUCUUGGAAUGCGAGGAGUAGUAGCUUCCAUCUAUCCUCCUGCCAACCAAAUAACUGUAGAAGGAAUCAAUGUGAAACCUGACUUUAAAGAACCCUCACUGGACUUUCCACGAGGACGAACUCUUAAUAAACCACAGCCGAUACCCUAUCACUCUGUAUUACUAGUAGAUCCUGCUACAGAUAAGGCAGACCAAGUAGACUUGAUCAAAGUCAGAGACAGAGACAAUAGAAUGGUCCUGGUGCGACGGUUUCAAACAUCGGAACAGGAUGUCAAGAUACCACCACCAAGGAAUCCUACUGCAAAUCAAAAAGAAGGACCAAUGGACACCAUACCUGCCGAUGUUGAACGAGUUACAUUCACCCCAUCACUUGCUGAACCACCAUUCCCUAAUCAACUGGCCAACGAGCUGGAACGUAUGAAGAGGAAGAAUCGUGAAUCUCACGCUUUAUAG